CGCUCACAGUACACAGCUUGAUGUCGCAAAGGCUUUCAGUUUUAAGAAAAGAUCUCGCGAAAGAAAAGAUUUGUUACGCUCUCUUAAGAAGAGGGGAAACUUUAACCAUAAUGCCACUGUGGCAAGCAGUGGUGUUGGAGAAAUGGUUGCUUGUCGAAGACCCACUAGAGUCAGACAAUCUAAUGACUUCAGUCACUGCAAGUUUUGUCAAGGACUCUAUGCAAGAGAUAGUCUAUGGAGACAUGUCAGAAACUGCCCUCAGAAGUCUGUUGAGGUGGAGUCUAGAGUUGGGCAAAAACGGAUCCACAUUGACCUACCAAAAGCUGAGACAGUUCAUGAUGCUGUUUGGAAGAUUGCUUGUGAAAUGAACCAGGAUGACAUUUCUUUAGUUGUAAGGAGUGAAAGAGACAUCCUUAGUCUUGGCGAGUCAAUGUACAAUGGCAGGAAACCAAAUGAUAAAAGAAAUGAUUACAUACGUCAAAAAAUGAGAGAGAUGGCUAGACUCUUGAUAACUGCAAGAGCUACAACACCUUUGAAGAGCACUGAAGACCUUGUUAUGCCCAGUAAUUUCCCCCACGUGAUACAAGCAGUGAGAUCUGUUGCUGGUUAUGACUUGGAUAGCAACUCAUAUAAAACCCCAUCAUUGGCUUUAAAAUUGGGUCACAGUUUGGCUAAGGUUGCAGGCAUUGUACAAUGCAAUGCUAUCAUUGCAAAUCGCAAUGCCGUCGCAGAGUCUGCCAAGCAAUUCUCCACUCUGUAUGAGAAAAGAUGGGCGGAAUCCAUUUCAAGUGCUGCACUGGGUACACUUCAUCAAGCCAAAUGGAAUAAACCACAUGUUUUGCCCUUUACACAGGAUGUGUCCCUGCUGCACAAGUUUCUUGCUACUGAGCGUGCUAAGUGCAUGAAGGACCUUGAGGAAGAACCUAACAUCAAAAGCUUUGGGAAUCUUGCACAAGUGACUUUGACGCAGGUGGUACUAUUUAACAGAAGGCGGCAAGGGGAAGUUUCAAAAAUGGAACUCCAAGCUUUCACAUCCAGAAAUCGUACAGAGUUGAAUCCUGACAUUAUGAUGGGCCUUACUGAGUUUGAGAGGAAGGUUGCAAAGUACUUUGACAGAGUUGAGAUUCGAGGUAAAAGGUCACGAAUGGUGCCCGUGCUUCUCACACCUGACAUGAUCACUGCAAUGGAUCUCCUCAUUAAAAACAGGAAUGAGUGUCAAGUCCACACAGAGAAUGUGUACUUGUUUGCACGCCCAUGUGUGCUUUCCCAUUACAGAGGCUCUGACUGCUUCCGCAAGUAUUCAACACGAUGUGGUGCAAAAAACCCAGAGUCACUCACCUCAACGAGAUUGAGGAAACAAGUUGCCACUUUGUCAACAGUACUAAACUUAAAAGAAAAUGAAAUGGAUCAACUUGCUACCUUUCUAGGACAUGAUAUAAGGGUCCACAGGGAAUUCUAUCGGCUUCCAGAGAGUACCAUGCAGCUUGCAAAAGUUAGCAAACUGUUGAUAGCAAUGGAAAAAGGAAGACUGUCUGACCUGCAAGGGAAAGGGCUGGAUGACAUUGAGAUUAAUCCUGAAGAUGAAGUCGGCACGAGUGAUGAUGAUUCCAGUGAAGAAACCAUUGCUGACCUACAUCAACAUGAAGGCUCAAGAACUGAGACUUCUGGGGAUCGGACACUUCUGAGGCACUCGCACACUUCAACCUCCCUGGAUCAUUCGGGGGGCACUUCUGCCUCAACCGUCUUGGACAACGUAAAUGUCAGCAACACUCAACCAAGACAUGAUUCCCAGCAGAACACAGCACUUCAAUUGGUUACAUCCCAAACUUCUUCAAAGUGCUCCACUGCAAAGCAAGCUGGGAAGGUGAGGAGCAAGUGGACAGGUAAUGAAGUGAAGGCUGUGGAGCAGCACAUGAUUCAUUUCAUAACCAGCUGCAAGGUGCCAGGUAAAAAGGACUGUGACUCCUGCCUCCAGGCAGAACCAGUGGCUCUGAAAGACAGAGACUGGGUUGCAAUCAAAUACUACAUUCACAACAGAAUCAUAUCAAUGAAAAGGAAGAUGAAUAGAUAGAACUAGAGUGUAUAAAUACUAGGGCUGACCGAUAUAUCGCAUGGGAUUGUCACGCGCAUUCCGUCAGUA